AUGUCCCCGGUCUUGCAAGAUAUUUACAUCGUAGACAUCAAUGGUGAAUUAAUGGAGAACGGACAGCUGCCGAUAGGCUCGGUCGUCCUCAUGUCGCCAAGGGCCGAUCAGGCUAUAACCUGCUUCUCGCUUUCGGCAGCUCCGGGGGCGGGUCGAAGCUGCACGGCGACAGCUGCUAAAGAUCGACAAAAAACGACGAAUAUGCCAGUCAACAACGGAGUCGCUAUCCGUUCUGAACAGAGGAGGCAGACAGUGCAAUGCCAUUAUAACACGUGCAAUAUGGGAUCGACGGAAUGCCACCACCAGCCCCUGCCGGUGGAAGUCAUGGUGCUCUGGUAG